ACACAGCGAGGGUCCCCGGCCUUCUUUGGAUUCCAAGCAGAAGUUUUGAGAGAGAUCCAGACUGCCCUCUCUCUCUCUUUCUCCUUCCGAUGCCAACCUUUCAAUGGAUCUGAGCAUAAACUACGUGCCGGGGUUCAUGUACCUGCCUUUCUGAAGAGACCGCCCAAUGGUUUAAAUAUUUUUUUAAAGAACAUUAAAAAGCGGAACGCGGUUCUCGCACUGGGUGGAAUCAUGACCCUCAACAAGAACGGAAGGAGUGUUUCCCUGAGUUGUUUAUGUAUAGUCUUCCUUAUCCCGACCUUAGUGGACGCUCAAUAUGAAAAAUACAGUUUUAAAAGCUUUCCUCAAGCGGACAUCAUGCCUUUGGACUCGGCUUAUGGACACGCAAUGGAACAGUACGGAGCACAGAACUGGAAGGAGAGCAUCAAGUACCUGGAGCUCUGUCUGCGUCUUCAUCGACUCCUCAAGGACAGCGAGUCGUUCUGCAGUAAGAACUGCAGCACUAUCAGAAGGGACAAUGAAACGCUCUUCGCCGACAGUAGCCUCCACAUCAUGCGACACUUUAUACUACGGGCCUCUUGUCUUAAAAAGUGCAAGGCAAACUUCCCAGUGUUUUCUAUCGCGUAUCCGCGAAGAGACACGUUGGAAGCAUUCGAGAAGAGAACGCCCUAUCGGUACAUACAAUACGCAUACUACCAGUCAAACAACCUAGAGAAGGCCGUGUCCGCGGCUCACACCUUCCUUCAGAAGAAUCCAGAAGAGCCCUACCUCACCAAGAACAUGAACUACUACAAGAGCCUGUCCGCUGUGGACGCGUACCUCAUCGACCACGAGCAGCCACCCUACGAGAGUGCGUUCCUGAAGGCUGUGAAGCUGUACAACGAUGAAGACUUCAGCACAAGUGCACAGAACAUGGAGCAGGCCAUCGCAGAGUACUUCAACGUGUACGAGCUCUGCCUGACCGGGUGUGAAGGCUCCUACGAGAUUCUCGAGUUCAAAGACUUUUAUCCGACUCUAGCAGACCUGUACACCGAGGUGCUGAAGUGCAAGGUGAAAUGUGAGGUGAACCUCACGCCGAGUGUCGGUGGGUUCUUGGUUGAGAAAUUCGUGGCCACCAUGUACCACUACCUGCAGUUCGCCUACUAUAAAUUGAACGACGUCAAGAAGGCGGCUCCGUGCGCGGCCAGCUACAUGCUGUUCGACCCCAACGACCAGGUCAUGCAGCAGAACAUGGCGUACUACCGCUUCUACCGGGAGCAGUGGGGGCUGGAGGAGCCCCACUUCCUGCCCCAGCCGGAGGCUCUCAAAUAUUACAACCAGACCACCAAGCAGCAAGAAAUGUUACAGUUUGCACUCAACUACCUUCAAACAGAUGACGAGGACGUGGUGAGCCCAGAAGAGGUGGGAACCAGAGGCCCCCAGGAGACCCUUGAUGCAGAGUUUGAGGGGGUGGGGGAUUAUGAGGAGUCCUUCGUGGCGGAAUGGUGGCAGGAACCAAAAACAAAGUGGGACACGGGGGAGAUCGUUGACUGACCAACGUCUAUCCCACCUCACAUCGGCAAAUAAUUUUAAACCAAAGAAUACUGAAAUUCUUUAAACAACAGAUGUUUUGGUAGAAACAAAAUAAAUAAGUACGGAAGAGGAAAUUUAAAGUGGAGGAUGUUAACACAGGGAUGGAUACAUGAGUGCAUUAGCAAAUUUAUCAUACAUGAAAACCCUUAUUGUGAAUAGCAAUUGCAAGCAGUCCUGUUUUAUUGGACCAAUAGGACCGUAUCGACAUCAAUGUACUAUUUUUUACUAUUGAUUUUUUAUUUACAUAUUUUAUUUAAAUAAAGUUGCCAGGAAUAUGCAGUU